AUGACUUCCCGGGAGCCCCUGCACGUGAAGACUCCCAUCCGAGACAGCGUGGCCCUGUCCAAAGUGGCCGGCACCAGCGUCUAUCUCAAGAUGGACAGUGCCCAGCCCUCGGGCUCCUUCAAGAUCCGGGGCAUUGGACAUCUCUGCCAGACGUGGGCUGAGCAAGGCUGUAAGCAUUUUGUCUGCUCCUCGGCGGGCAAUGCAGGCAUGGCAGCCGCCUACGCCGCCAGGAAGCUGGGCCUCCCCGCCACCAUCGUGGUGCCCAGCACCACGCCCGCCCUCACCAUCGAGCGGCUCAAGGCUGAGGGUGCCACGGUCAAGGUGGUGGGUGAGAUGUUGGAUGAGGCCUUGGAGCUGGCCCAGGCCCUGGCGAAGAACAACCCAGGUUGGGUCUUCGUCCCUCCCUUUGAUGACCCCCUCAUCUGGGAAGGCCACACGUCCAUCGUGAAGGAGCUGAAGGAGACGCUGCACGAAAAGCCGGGGGCCAUCGUGCUGUCGGUGGGUGGUGGGGGCCUCUUGUGCGGAGUGGUCCAGGGGCUGCAGGAGGUGGGCUGGAGGGACGUGCCCGUCGUCGCCAUGGAGACCAUGGGCGCCCACAGCUUUCACACCGCCAUCUCUGCCGGCAAGCUCGUCUCUCUGGCCCAGCUUACCAGUGUGGCCAAGGCCCUGUGCGUGAAGACUGUGGGGGCUCAGGCCCUGAAGCUGUUUCAGGAACACCCCAUUUUCUCAGAAGUCAUCUCAGACCAGGAGGCUGUGGCCGCCAUUGAGAAGUUUGUAGAUGACGAGAAGAUCCUGGUGGAGCCAGCCUGCGGGGCCGCCCUGGCCGCCGUCUAUAGCAACGUGGUUCAGAAACUGCAAAGGGAAGGAAAACUCCGCAGCCCCCUGCCCUCCCUCGUGGUCAUUGUCUGCGGGGGCAGCAACAUCAGUCUGGCCCAGCUGCAGGACCUCAAGAAACAGCUGGGCAUGAAGAAUGAUCUGCCCAAGUGA